AAAAAAAAAAAAAGAGAAGGAAGAAUGAUUGGGCUAUUGAUGACAGCUCUGGGGACCUGGCUGUGUUUUGUGCAGCAGCAGCAGCAGCAGCAGCUUUGCUUGGGGCAGAGCCGUGUCCAUGCACACAGCCCAGCCUUUGCCUGCCACAGAGCACAUCCCAGCCUGCAAGGCAGCGCUGAGUGUGAUCCUGGAAACUUUCAUGUGCCUGUGUGCCAGAGAGGGGGAGAGAGGGAGAGCCAAGGCGAGCAGGGAGGAAGGCAGGGAGAGCAGGAGCUCUCCUGACACUCUGCUCAGGGCUCCCAGAGGCAGGCUGUGCGUGCAGCUCUCCGGCUGGCGUGCGCUUCGAGGGACAGCACUCCCUGACUUUAUCCACUGAAUCCCUGAAGGACAGAUAUGACACCCAACUGCUGCUUCUACAUGCUCCUGCUUUUUGGUACCAAGGUCAUCUGUGACUCUUUGGAAGACCAUGUUUCUGGAGCUGGCACCAGGUGCCCCCUGGGCUACUUUCCAUGUGGCAAUAUCACAAAGUGCUUGCCCCAGCAGCUGCACUGUAAUGGUGAGGAUGACUGCGGGAAUCGGGCUGACGAAGACAACUGCGAGGACAACAAUGGAUGGUCUCUGCAAUUUGAUAAACAUUAUACAAAGGACAAAUACAAUAAACUGAAGUCUCUGUAUGCAUUUCAGACAAAGACACCUGAGUGCUUGGCUGGAGAUGUGCCAGCAGAGUGCACCUGCCAGGGCCUGGAGGUUUUCUGUGAUGCUGCCAAACUACGUGCUGUCCCAUCCGUCUCUGCAAACAUAACCAUACUGUCUCUUCAGAGGAAUCUGCUGAGGAAACUUUCUGCUGAUGUUUUCAAGAAAUACCAAGAUCUUAAAAAUCUGUAUCUUCAGAAUAAUAAAAUCAGAGCCAUAUCUGAACGUGCUUUCAAAGGCUUAUACAACUUGACAAAACUAUAUCUGAGCAACAACAAGUUAACGAGUUUGGAGCCUUUUGUCUUUGCAGACCUUCACAGACUUGAAUGGCUGAUAAUUGAAAACAACAGGAUAAAUCGGAUCUAUCCAUUAACAUUCUAUGGACUCAAAUCCCUUAUUCUUCUAGAGAUGAUGAAUAAUUCCCUUGCUCGUUUGCCUGACAAACCUCUGUGCCAAUAUAUGCCAAGAUUAAACUGGCUAGACCUUGAAGGCAACCAUAUCCAUCACGUGAAAAAUGCCACUUUCAUGUCCUGCAGCACUCUAACUGUACUGGUGAUGAGACGAAAUAAAAUCAGUUCCCUAAAUGAAAACAGCUUUUCUUCUCUCCAGAUGUUAGAUGAAUUAGAUUUGGGUAGCAACAAGAUUGAAUCACUUCCUCCAUAUAUAUUUAAGGAACUAAAGGAGCUUUCGCAACUGAACCUUUCUUACAACCCCAUCAAGAAAAUACAAAUAGACCAGUUUGAUUUUCUAAUUAAACUCAAAUCCCUCAGCUUGGAGGGCAUUGAAAUUGCAAACAUCCAGAGGAGAAUGUUCAGUCCCUUGAGAAACCUUUCCCACAUAUAUUUUAAAAAAUUCCAGUACUGUGGGUAUGCUCCUCACGUGCGCAGCUGCAAGCCCAACACUGAUGGCAUUUCCUCCCUCGAGAAUCUUUUAGCUAGCAUCAUACAGAGAGUGUUUGUCUGGGUUGUAUCUGCCAUUACCUGCUUUGGGAACAUUUUUGUUAUCUGCAUGAGGCCUUACAUCAGAUCAGAGAACAAGCUGCAUGCCAUCUCCAUCAUGUCUCUCUGCUGUGCUGACUGUCUGAUGGGGAUAUAUUUAUUUGUGAUUGGAGCUUUUGAUCUUAAAUAUCGUGGAGAAUACAACAAGCACGCUCAGUUGUGGAUGGACAGUAUCCACUGUCAAUUGGUUGGAUCGCUGGCUAUUCUGUCUACAGAGGUGUCAGUCUUACUGUUGACUUAUCUGACUUUGGAAAAAUACAUCUGCAUAGUUUAUCCUUUUAGGUGUUUGAAGCCCAGAAAAUGCAGGACAAUUUCCAUUUUGGUUCUUAUCUGGAUAAUCGGGUUUGCUGUUGCUUUUAUCCCACUGAGCAAUAAGGAAUUUUUCAGGAACUACUAUGGCACCAAUGGCGUCUGUUUUCCUCUUCACUCAGAACAAUCAGAAAGUUCAGGAAGUCAGAUUUAUUCUGUUGUGAUUUUCUUAGGUGUAAACUUGGCAGCUUUUGUCAUCAUUGUGUUUUCCUAUGGGAGUAUGUUCUACAGUGUUCACCAGACAGCUAUUAUGGCUACUGAAAUUCGGAAUCAUAUUAAAAAAGAGAUGAUCCUUGCUAAACGUUUUUUCUUCAUUGUAUUUACUGAUGCACUAUGUUGGAUACCUAUUUUUAUUUUGAAACUCCUUUCUUUACUUCGAGUAGAAAUACCAGGUACCAUAACUUCUUGGGUGGUGAUUUUUAUACUGCCAAUAAAUAGUGCUCUGAAUCCUCUUCUCUACACUUUGACUACACGACCUUUCAAAGAAAUGAUUCACCAGGUUUGGUACAACUACAGACAGAGAAGGUCCAAAAGAGGUAAAGGCAGCCAGAAACCGUACGGUCCAUCAUUCAUUUGGGUAGAGAUGUGGCCGAUGCAUGAAAUCACGCCAAAGGUUACAAAGCCUGUGCUUUGUACAGACUCUUCUGAUGCUUCAGUGACUACGCAGUCAACAAGACUGAAUUCCUACACGUAAUGACAUUUGAGUCCUCACGGUGACAUUGGCACUGUUAGUGUCACAUCCGAGGGCUUGCUGCUUUACAGCCACGAGGAAGAUGGGGAGGUGUGACAUCAGCACUCACCUGAACCACUGCGGCAAGGAGAGGGAGCCGGGUGUCUGUUUGCAGGUAGAACUGGCAUUUCACCAUCUCACAGCAGCACCUGACAUUUCGACAGCUCAUCCUAGAUCAGAAUGAGAAAUCAGAUAUUUGGGGAUUUUUUUCUUCCAGAAGCCAAGAGUGUGGAAAAAGCAUGAAUUGUCAUUUGAAACAUCUCACCCUGAAAGCAGAUUGUUUGAAAAUCAUCUAUUUAUGGGGAAGUGUGUGUAUGUGUGUGUGUGUGUGUAUUUUCUUUUUUUCUUUUUGUAAGUUCCCAUUUCAACAGGUGAUUUUUUAACAGUUAAAAGUUUCCUCAUUAAGAAAUGUAUUCUCUUCUCAAAGUUUCUGACUGGCUCUAUUUAGGCUGCAUCAUCUCUUAAAAGCUUUAAGGAGCAAUAGCUGUAAGAAAAACAUUCAAGUUUCAUAAUUAGGUCAGUUAACUAUUUUUGUCAAAGCCAAACAAAUGAAAAUUAUAUUCCUUUUAUAAAUUUACAGACUAUUUAACUCAUGUAAAGGCAAUAGUGAAGUGGUAAUGAUAGUUCUAAGGCAGUUGCCAGGUUGGACAAGGCCUUGAUCAGCCAGGUCUACUGGGAGGUGUCCCUGCCCAUGGCAGGGAGAGGCUGGGACUAGAUGAUCUUUAAGAUUCUAAUUCAAGCAGAACCAGAACUGUGGUGAAGAAAAAAAUAAAAAUAAGGGGUUUGGUUUGUUUGGUUGGUUUUUCUUUUUCCCCAAGUGAGUCCCCCAGCUUUAACUAGUGGCAGUUUCUCCCUUCUUACUCUGGAAAGACUGGACUGAGUAUCCCAGCACCUUGCUGCUGCUCUUUCCCUCACUUUUCUUAACAGGCUACCAAAAGUAGCUCACCACAGCUUGCAGACUUCAACAAAUACCAGUCUUUAGAUGUCUCUCUAUGUACAAGGGAGAUGGUCAAAUAGAAAAUUAUCAGUCUUAAUAGGUGUCAUGACAUGUACAUUUUAAUCACUUUGUACAUGACUGGAUGCAUUACAGUUGAAGUAAUUUAAAGACCACAGCCAUUCAGCACUUUUUGAAGCAUUAUUUUACUUCCCAGAAUUACAGGGUAAAAUAAAAAAUAUCCCAUCUGAAUCAAUCCCCUAGAGGCAGUUCCUUCACACAUUCUUAAUGAAGAGAAUGUUUUCUAUUCUGAAUUAUUACAACUUCCCUUCUUCUUUCAGUACCGUAUUCAGUCUGAUGGCCUAGAAGCCCAAAAAGGUAAAAACAGAUUCUUUUUUGUAUUGAUUUGAAACUAUUUAAAAUUAAGUUAAAAGAUACUUCCAAUGUUUGCACUUAACUUCUUAGCGGUAUAAGAAGUAACAUUUUGAAAAAGUGUGGCUCACACUUCAACUGUUUACAGAACUUUGGAUUAUCUUUUGAUUGGAAACUGAAGAUUGUUAAGCAUCUUGUUUCCACUACUGUAUGUUCUACUGAAAUAAAAUUUAAUCUGCUAAAC